AUGUGGUUCCAACAGGAGACUUACCCUGAGCUCGUUAAGAGAAAAUGGCAGAAUUAUAAUAGGGAUAUUAUCAGUAAAGUUAAUAUGCUUGCUUCGGAUCUUCAAAAGUGGAAUACCAAUGUUGUCGGUAAUAUCUUUAGAAAGAAAAGAAAACUCUUAGCUAGAAUUACUGGUAUCCAAGAGAGCCUUUGUAAAAAGCAUAAUCCUUUUCUUCUCAAUUUGGAGGAAGAUCUCAUUAGGGAAUAUGAGCAAAUUAGAGAUCAAGAAGCUGUGUACUGGCAACAAAAGUCCAGAGUUACUUGGCUUCAGAAUGGAGAUAGAAAUACAAAGUUCUUUCACCUUUCCACUAUGGUGAGAAGACGAAGAAAUAAAAUUGAAGGUUUGCUUAAUCAAUCUGGAGAGCUUUGCACUGAUCUUCCUACUAUGAAAAACAUUGCUGCUGCUUUCUUUCAAGCUCUGUUCACUCAUAAUCCCUCUGAAGACAUCAGGUUUGUCAUCCCUUACCUUUUUCCUAAUUUGGAUAUUGAUGCUAUCAAUUGGAUGAGUAGAUCAAUUUCUGUUGGGGAAGUGCAUAGUGCCUUAUUUAGUAUUAGAAGUCUGAAAGUUCCUGGUGUCGACGGGUUCCCUGCCCUUUUCUACAAGAAGCAUUGGAAUCUAUUAUUUGCUGAGAUUCUUAGUUUGGUGACUGAUGCCUUUAUACUCAUGGAAAAAUUCCUGAUUGUCUCAAUCACAACCUCAUUACUCUUGUUCCUAAAGUGA